AUGAAUCCGUCGCGGAAUUCGCAGCGUCGGUCACCCGGCGGAGAGCCAGGACCACCUCCGGCCGUUCCUCCACGCUCCAUAUCACCCGCCGUCGGCGUCGGCACCAACCGCCCUGUCGCCCCUCGCUCCAUGGGGUCUUCGCGAUCCAUGCAACCGACAAGCGCGAGCGGAAGCGGAAGCAGGAAUGAUGGAACACGACGGGCCAACUCAGCGGGGAGUAGUACCUCGGUUCCGCUGUCCCAGAUCGAGAAGAGCGUCACACACCUCCUCGUUGCCACCAAACAACUCCUAGAGACACUCACACAAUGGUCGCGGGGGAACGCUACCGACACCCAGGUGUCCGAUGUCUAUGUCCGCCUCGGCUACGAGUUCAACAUGGCCUGCCGCGCCUUUACCGCCAUCAACGUCGACACAUCCGACCUUGGGAACGUCCCUGAACUGCUGAGGAAUAUUUUGGAGUCUACCCUAAGCCAGGAGGCGAGCGCGGAAAGUUUGGAAAAGUACCUGCCGAAAAUUCGCGAUAUAAUCAUCAAUUUACUGCACGGGCUCAAGAGGAAGCAAACUCGGCUGAGGCAAAGACAACAACGGGAGAGAGACGGCGGUCCUUCUGGCACUGGCUCUGGCGAUAGUGCUGAAGCCACUAGCCCCCCCGUUCCGCCCCGGACAACCAGUACGAGCACAAUGGGGAGUGUCGGCUCCGGCCUGACGACUUUGUUGAACGAGGGGCUGGAGGAGAACUACCGACCAGGUAGCCAGCGCGAUGACGGACGGAACAACGCGGCGCCCUCUCCUACCAAGCGCUUUCUACAGAGGGAGCAGUCCCGCGGCUCUGUCAAUUCGGACCAGUCGAGCCUUUCUAGCAACACGAUGCAGAACAUUCCCGUGCUUCCCCCUUACCCGGGCGACGAGACGAUCCCCUCAGGGCCUUCGGCAAGCGACUUGAGCAGCCUGGAUAACUUCCCGCCGCCGCCACCGCCGCCCAAGGCAUCCCAGCAGAGUGCGCUGGCGGCGUUGCAGAGAGGCGGCGAUUUGGAAAGACGAGCGUCGCGAAGGUACUCGGCUUACCAGAUAUCAAAACACCUAGGCGCCCAGGCAGGAUUUCCCUCGCUUCCGCCUCAGACUACCCCGAUACCGAACCGCGGGCGCGGUGAAAUGCGGGAGUCGAUGCGGGCAAUGCAGGCGAGGGAUACUGUUCGACACAAGCGGAACAUGUCCAGCCAGUCGCGGACCGCGACGCUCGAUUCUUCUCCUGUCCGAGUCCCCAGCCGGGUUUCGGAGGAGCCGGAUGACCUCCCAAUCCAAUCCCCCCCCGCAAGAGCCGAGUUGCCCGCCCCCCCCGAAGAGGAUAAGUUCCAGCCAAGUGCGACUCUGAACGGACCGCCGCCCGACGCCUUGGAGGCGGUAGAGACGGAGGAGGCUGAGGAGCAGGAGAAACCUACAACGCCAGCUCCGGCGCCGGCGCUCCCGAUAGCACGGGCCGUAACCCCUGACAAACCACCGAGCACCUUCACCGCAACUCCGCCGGCCACCAAAGACUUGACUCUUUUCCUGCAGUACAAAUCCAAGGUCAAGAAGUUUGUGCUUUCAGGGGGAUACGAGGAACUGUCGAUUGGGCGGUUGCAGCUCGCCUUUAUCGAGAAGUUCUCGUGGAACACGCAGCAAAACGGCGCCGACCUGCCGGACAUCUACAUCCAGGAUCCCGUGUCUGGGGUCCGUCAUGAGCUAGAGGACCUCUCCGACAUCAAGGACCGCACCGUUCUAGUGCUUAACGUGGAACAACUGGACGAGGUGAAAAGACAUAUCGACGACGGCCUCGGCUCGAUCAAGAAGAUGAUGGUGGAGAUGAAGCAGAACGUCGACGACCAAGGAGCCGCCCUGCAGAGCGUGUCGGAACGGCAGCAGGAAACGGCCAAGGAUCUAGCCCGGCUGGCCGCUGCCCCGCCCACUAUCGCUGCAGUGCCGCCCGUGGAAUCCCCCAAGCAAGCAGUGGGACCCGCACAGGCAUCGCGCAAACUCAGCCCCGGGCAGCUCUCGGAGAUCCAGAGCCUCCGCCGCGACCUGGCCGUCCUCCGACAGACCUACUCCAACUUCCAGACCGAGGUCCAAGGCUCCAUGUCUGCCCUCCGGGCCAAGGCCGCCAACGUCAAGGUGGCGGCGACCAAAAUCGCGGUCCCGGACGUGGAGGGCAACGCGGGCCACUCGUACGUGGUCACGGGGCGCAAGCAGCUCAACCAGGACAGCGACCGGCUCGUCAACCGGGUAGACGACCUGCAAGACCUGGUCGAGGACCUCCGCAAGGACGUGGUCCACCGCGGCGUGCGCCCGCUCCCGCGCCAGCUCGAGGCCGUCACCCGCGACAUCGCCCUCCUCACCAAAGAACUCAGCAAGAUGGAGGAGUCCAUGAAACAGGAAAAACCCAUCUGGACCAAGAUCUGGGAAAAAGAACUCGAAGACGUCUGCCAGGGCCGCGACGAGCUGCGCCUAGUCGAAGACCUGAUCGUCGACCUGCGCGACGACCUCGAAAAGGCCUCCGAAACCUUCGCCCUCGUCGAACAAGCCACCAAGGAACAAAUGAAAGACGCCGGCGGCGCCACCGCCCCGGGCGGCGUCAUCGUCGCACGGCAGUUCAGCAAGGGCCUGACCUCGAUCCGCGAGAACGCCGCGGCGGUCGACCCGUCGGCCGCGAAAGAGGGCGUGCUCGGCGAGGUGCGCGCGCUGCAGCCCAACCACGAGAACCGGCUCGAGGCCAUCGAGCGCGCCGAGAAGCUGCGCCAGAAGGAGCUCGCCCGCCGCCGCGAGAACCCGUUGACCAAGGAGCUGGCGACGUUUGUCGAGGAGGGCAAGCUGAAAAAGUCCGGGGGGUUCGAGGAGGUGGAGAGGGCGAGGAAGGCGAAGGAUGAUCGCAUUCGCAGGGAGGUGUGGGAGAGGCAGAAUGGGAUUGUGGCUAUGCCGGAGGAGGGGGAGGAAGACGGUGAGGAGGAGGGGGUUGUGGAGGGUGCUGAAGAGGAGGGGGGUGAGGAGGAUGGGGAGGCGUUGGUGAAUGGCACGGCGGGGGCGGCUGGUGGGGGGGAUUGA